UCCAGUUCAUUGUCUGGAACCGAUGCGAACAAAUACUAAGUGGAGUCGCAAUGAAGUUAUUUAUCUGUCUAUCAGCACUUUUGUUGGCUUCAGCUCACGCUGAAUCAGAUCAAAAGCAGUCAAAUGCAAAUGCAGUGCCUUUGGAGAAGAAGUUGGAUAAGCGCGGUUUGCUGAAUCUCGGGUAUGGGUACGGAAUCAACGGAUUAGACGUAGGAUACAUUGGUGGACAUGGUCAUCUGGGAGGUGCCUACCAUGCUGCUCCCGUUCAUGGCUAUGGUCAUGGAUAUUAUUUGGGAGGACACACGGAUGUGACCAAAACCGUUACUGUGCUCAAAGGAGUGCCAGUGCCAUACACCGUAGAGAAACAUGUACCAUAUCCUGUUGAGAAGCAUGUUCCCUACCCAGUGAAAGUUCCGAUUCCUCAACCGUACGAGGUUAUAAAACAUGUGCCAGUACAUGUUAAGGAAUACGUUAAGGUCCCAGUUCAUGUGCCAGCUCCGUAUCCAGUCGAGAAGAAGGUUCCGUACCCAGUGCAUGUGCCCGUCGAUCGUCCUUAUCCCGUAAAGGUACUUGUCCCGCAACCAUACACCGUCGAGAAGCACGUUCCCUACCCAGUCAAGGUUCCCGUUCCACAACCGUACGAAGUGACCAAGCAUGUUCCAGUUCCGGUCAAGGUUGAAGUGCCCGUACCGGUACCGUACACCGUCGAGCGAAAGGUCCCGGUCGAGGUUAAGGUUCCCGUAGAUCGUCCCUACCCGGUUCAUGUUCCGGCUCCCUAUCCGGUUGCAGUGGAAAAGCCCGUCCCAUACACGGUGGAGAAACCCUACCCGGUACCGGUACAGGUCCCGGUCGACCGUCCCGUCCCAGUUCCUGUUGAGAAACCCGUCCCGUAUCCGGUUAAGGUUGCCGUCCCGCAGCCCUACUACGUGGAGAAGCAUGUCCCUUACACCGUCGAGAAGCCCGUCCCAGUUCCAGUAAAGGUGCCAAUCGAUCGCCCCUAUCCGGUGACAGUCGAAAAGCACAUCCCGGUAGAGAGACCCGUUCCGGUGCCUGUUCCGGUCAAGGUACCGGUGGCCGUUCCGGUUGCUUCCCACUACCACCAUGAUCAUCAUGAACCACUACAGCAUCAUUACGAUACCAGCUACACCAGCUUCAGCGGCUACGGUCACGAUUACAGCUAUCAUCACUAACUGUAACCGAAGCGCGAACCGUCGAAAGUCGAAUCUGCCAGUAGCCGGAUACAAAAUCUACACGUAAUCGAAUCGAAACUGUACUAGUUUCGCAUAACACCACCACCACCAACAUCACUGUCACCAUCGACAACAUCACUGUCAAUCUUUAAUAUGAUAUCCCUUUUUGUUAAUCCUCUCAUGUCCAAUACUGUCCUUAUCGCUAAGUAAGUAUUAUCGAAAUAGCUACCGUCGUCGUGCGCGUUUAUUUUAAUUUUUAGCAAUUAUUAAUUCCGUUCGCGGCGGCUCCCAACUGGAGGGUAGGGAAGUUACGUUACGAGAAGCAACGCGGGACAAACGACGUAAAAACGGGCCUCAAAACCAGAAGGAAAAAAAGCAACUCACAAGAAAGAAAAAAGACGAAAAAGAAAGCAAACAAACCCAAAGUAGCAAAACUGAUUGUGAAACAAAAAGUUACCAUUAUCAAUGUACGAAUGCAAGCAAACAUCACCACCAGCGGCGACCGUCAGCGGAAUACGACAAUAAAAGUUCGAAAGGCUCGGAAAACGGUCGCCAACCUCUCUCAUUUCGUUCCCAUCGGAUCAUUCCCUGAUCGGUUCUAUUAUGUCACUAAUCCUGCAGCAUGACUCGUACCUUUUUUUUAUUUACUAGUUUGUACAACCGAAAUGUGAUUUUUACUGUAUUUGUAAAAAAAAGAAGUGAGGGAAAAA